CCCUCUCCCAACAUGGCGGCCUCAGCAAAAAAGAAGAAUAAGAAGGGGAAGACUAUCUCCCUAACAGACUUUCUGGCUGAGGAUGGGGGUACUGGUGGAGGAAGCACCUAUGUUUCCAAACCAGUCAGCUGGGCUGAUGAAACGGAUGACCUGGAAGGAGAUGUUUCAACAACUUGGCACAGUAACGAUGACGACGUGUAUAGGGCGCCUCCAAUUGACCGUUCCAUCCUUCCCACUGCUCCACGGGCUGCUCGGGAACCCAAUAUCGACCGGAGCCGUCUUCCCAAAUCGCCACCCUACACUGCUUUUCUAGGAAACCUACCCUAUGAUGUUACAGAAGAGUCAAUUAAGGAAUUCUUUCGAGGAUUAAAUAUCAGUGCAGUGCGUUUACCACGUGAACCCAGCAAUCCAGAGAGGUUGAAAGGUUUUGGUUAUGCGGAAUUUGAGGACCUGGAUUCCCUGCUCAGUGCCCUGAGUCUCAAUGAAGACUCUCUAGGUAACAGGAGAAUUCGAGUGGACGUUGCUGAUCAAGCACAGGAUAAAGACAGGGAUGAUCGUUCUUUUGGCCGUGAUAGAAAUCGGGAUUCUGACAAAACAGAUACAGACUGGAGGGCUCGUCCUGCUACAGACAGCUUUGAUGACUACCCACCUAGAAGAGGUGAUGAUAGCUUUGGAGACAAGUAUCGAGAUCGUUAUGAUUCAGACCGGUAUCGGGAUGGGUAUCGGGAUGGAUAUCGGGAUGGCCCAUGCCGGGAUAUGGAUCGAUAUGGUGGCCGGGAUCGCUAUGAUGACCGAGGCAGCAGAGACUAUGAUACAGGCUAUGAUUCCCGGAUAGGCAGUGGCAGAAGAGCAUUUGGCAGUGGGUAUCGCAGGGAUGAUGACUACAGAGGAGGCGGGGACCGCUAUGAAGACCGAUAUGACAGACGGGAUGAUCGGUCGUGGAGCUCCAGAGAUGAUUACUCUCGGGAUGAUUAUAGGCGUGAUGAUAGAGGUCCCCCCCAAAGACCCAAACUGAAUCUAAAGCCUCGGAGUACUCCUAAGGAAGAUGAUUCCUCUGCUAGUACCUCCCAGUCCACUCGAGCUGCUUCUAUCUUUGGAGGGGCAAAGCCCGUUGACACAGCUGCUAGAGAAAGAGAAGUAGAAGAACGGCUACAGAAGGAACAAGAGAAGUUGCAGCGUCAGCUGGAUGAGCCAAAACUAGAACGACGGCCUCGGGAGAGACACCCAAGCUGGCGAAGUGAAGAAACUCAGGAACGGGAACGGUCAAGGACAGGAAGUGAGUCAUUGCAGACUGGGACCUCCACCACAUCUGGCAGAAAUGCACGAAGGAGAGAGAGUGAGAAGUCUCUAGAAAAUGAAACACUCAAUAAGGAGGAAGAUUGCCACUCUCCAACUUCUAAACCUCCCAAACCUGAUCAGCCCCUAAAGGUAAUGCCAUCCCCUCCACCAAAGGAGAAUGCUUGGGUGAAGUGAAGUUCUAACCCUCUUGCUCCAUCUCAGAGCUCAGACACAGAGCAGCAAUCCCCUACAAGUGGUGGGGGAAAAGUAGCUCCAGCUCAACCCUCUGAGGAAGGACCAGCAAGGAAAGAUUAAAAUAAAGUAGAUGGGAUGAAUGUCCCAAAAGGCCAAACUGGGAACUCUAGCCGUGGUCCAGGAGACGGAGGGAACAAAGACCACUGGAAGGAGUCAGAUAGGAAAGAUGGCAAAAAGGAUCAAGACUCCAGAUCUGCACCUGAGCCAAAGAAACCUGAGGAAUAUCCAGCUUCCAAGUUCAGUUCUGCAAGCAAGUAUGCUGCUCUCUCUGUUGAUGGUGAAGAUGAAAAUGAGGGAGAAGAUUAUGCCGAAUAGACCUCUACAUCCUGUGCUUUCUCCUAGUUUCUCUCCACCCUGGAACAUUCGAGAGCAAAUCAAAACCUCUAUCCAGACAAGACAAAAUAAAACUCACCAUCUCCUGAAAAAAAAAAAAAAAAAAAAAAAAAAAAAAAAAAAAAA